AUGGGUUUAGAGGCGUUGAGGAUUAAGUGGCUGGCUGAAGUCGGAUGGCUGAUGGCUGAGUCAAUCUUGCUCACACAUCUUGAUCAAUACGCGGAACCAUUUCCAGAACUGUGGAGGCCAGCAGGAAAACGCGGGGCAUUGCUACACUGUAUCUUCAAGUCACCAGCGCAAGGCACAUUACGACUGGAAGGAAAGGGCAAGAAUCUAAUUAUUGAAGAUGACGAUUAG